AUGCCAUCUGCAACUGGAAACAAGCGCGUCAGAGGCGUCUCAGCAUUCCGACCAUUCAUCUUCGGCACGGAAGCCCAACCCUUCGACCCAGAGAAGCGCCCCGCCAACGCACCAACAGACCACACGCACCAAUGGCGCAUCUUCGUAAAAGGUAUCAACGACGAAGACAUCUCCUACUGGCUGAAGAAAGUCCAAUUCAAGCUCCACGAAACAUACCCGCAAAACGUCCGCACAAUCGAACAACCACCCUUCGAAGUCGUCGAAACAGGCUGGGGUGAAUUCGAAAUCCAAAUCAAGCUCUUCUUCGUGCCGGAAUCCAACGAGAAACCGCAAACGCUAUGGCACAGUUUGAAACUGCACCCUUAUGGCCCGGACGCGGAGGGUAUGAAGGAGCGUCGGGAGGUCGUCGUUAGUCAGAAUUACGAGGAGGUUAUCUUCAAUGAGCCCGUCGAGCCUUUCUACGAGGUCCUUACUGGUGGUCCGGCUGGGUCUGUGCCUAGAGCCAAGGGCAAAAAUUCGAAGACUGGUCGGACGGCGGAUAUUCCGCUCGGUGAUACGCCGAAAAAUCCGUAUAGCAAGACGACGGAGAACAAGGAGCUUGAUAGGAUGUCUGAGGCGACGAAGACCGUUGAGCAGAUGAUUAAGGAGGAGAAAGAUCGCUUGGUCGAGAAGGAGAAGAAGUUGGCUGAGUUGAGGGAGAGUGAGGGUGUUCCUGCCAUUCCGAAGAAGAGAUGA